AUGAACAAGUUGUUUGUUCGCACUCCAUUGUACAUUGAAUGGUGGAGAGAUGAAGAGAUAAACACAUUGUUGCCAACAACAGCCUCAACUCUAUGUAUAAGUACUUACAAGAUCAUACUACCUGGUGUACUGCCUGACACCCUCAACAAGUUGAUACUCGGCCCAUUCAAGUUCUACAAUCUGACUAUCGAACCCGGUGUCUUGCCUCCACUCAAAGAGUUGAUCUUUGGCAAUCACUACAAUCAACCUAUUGUGAAUGAUGUUCUGCCUGUGACAUUGGAGCGACUGACCUUUGGCUUCUAUUUCUCACAGGAUAUCGAUGUCCAACUUCAAACGCUCACAUCACUUAAAACAUUGACAACUGGUCGUAUGUUCAUGCUCAACAUACCUGGCUCACUACCACCUGCCUUGACCGAGUUGUCGUGUAACUAUCCAAAAGGAAUCAUUCCUGGAUCCCUACCAUCAAAUCUCAAGACCCUAGAUAUUACUGGCGGUCUCAGUGAAAAGAUCAUGCCUGGUUCAUUUCCAGAAUCGAUCACUACACUCUCUUUGGGCAUUGAAUUUAAGAACUCCAUCCAACCUGGAAUGCUUCCCUCAUUACUCGUAGCCUUAACAAGUGAUCAUUUCUAUGUCCAUCAAGGUUCUCUCCCCGACACACUUCGCACUCUGAUACUUGGUCCUAACUUUGAUGAGGCCAUUCCUCCAGGAGUCAUACCGGUCAGCAUUACUUCUUUGGAACUUGGUACAUACUACAAUCAUAAGUUUGGAGACAAGACUUUGCCAUCAUCUUUGACCAGACUGAAGUUUGGUUGGUCGUACGACCAAGACUUGACCGUCAUUAACAUGUGCUCGAUGGCUGCAGGCAACGAACGUUCUCCCCAUGGGAGUCUAAAGGUAUCGAAGGAGGUCAACAUCCGAUCUUGGCAAGCACUCAACCGUAUCAACUAUAGGAUAGGCUCAUUGAGAUUUUACUCAAAGUCUGUUGACGAACACCUCAAGACUACAGACUUUUGGGAAAAGGUGUUAGAGAGCGCUCCAAACGUAGGAUCAUACUCGCUUUACACAAAGCGUAAUGGCCACAAGAUAUCUCUGUUCAAGAUUGAUGAGCACACCAUCAUCCAAGUGACCACUGAACACUCUUAUGGCAAACAUUCUAUUCUAGAUAGGAGGACAGUCAAGCAACAACGAUUUCGAGUCAAAUCACAAUGUACAAUCAAUUGA